CUUGUUUACGUCUUACACAGUACCAACUACAUUGCCAAAAAUACAGAAUAACUAGGCGGUAAAGACACGAUAUUUUAGAUGAAACAAAGGUUUUCCGCUUUAGAUAUCACCGCAAUUGGUGCAGAGUUGCGAGAGGAAAUUAUUGGAUGUCGUUUAAAUAAUAUUCAUGACUUGAACUCGCGUACAUUUUUGUUGAAGUUUGGAAAACAGGACAAAAAAUACUCUCUGGUUAUCGAAAGUGGAUUUCGUGUUCACUUGACGAAGUUUCAACGCGAAAAUGCCCAACUUUCUGGAUUUGUCACAAAACUCCGUAAACACAUCAAGUCCAGGCGGCUAACCAAUGUGUCGCAACUUGACACCGACCGUGUUCUUGUGUUUACUUUUGGUGGAGGAGAAAAUGACCAAGAUCCUUCAUGGACAUACUAUCUUGUUUGUGAGUUUUUCGCAGCCGGAAACAUCUUGCUACUUGAUGGCUCUCAUAAGAUUCUAAGUUUAUUACGCGUGGUUACGUUCGAUAAGAACCAAGUCUACGCUGUUGGUCAACAUUAUAAUCUUGAUCAAAGCCGGUUAACGCACAAUAUGGGCAACCAGCAAAAGAUGCCUCAGAUGACUGCUGAAAAAUUGACUCAACUAUUGGAAGAAGUGGCUGAGACUUCCAAGGCGGAGAGACUAGCUGCUUCCCAAAAGCCGAAUGGCAAACAGCCUAAACCCAUUACCCUUCGUAAGGCACUAACAGUUCGCCUAGGAGAGUAUGGUAAUGCAUUAGUAGAGCACUGCAUUCGACAAUCAAACUUGGAUCCUUUACUUCCAGCUGAUCAGUUAAGUGCCAAUGAAGACAAAAAGAAAGAGCUGCUCUCCGCUUUCCAAGCCGCUGAUGGUAUUCUAUCUUCAAUGGUAAAACCACCAGUGAAAGGUUACAUAUUUUCAACUCAGCAAAGCAUUCUUGCUGAUCUCUCUGUUCCUAACAAAGAAGAGAGGAAGGAUGUACUCAUGUAUGAAGACUUCCAUCCUUUCAAGCCCCUGCAAUUGAUGCAAGCAAACCGUGUGUGUAGCGAAUUUCGUUCGUACAAUGAAUGUGUUGAUGAAUUUUUCUCUUCUUUGGAGACACAAAAAAUGGAAAAAAGGGCUCAUGACCGUGUUAUGACCGCUGAACGUCGAAUCCAUUCAGCAAAAGAUGAACAAGAAAAGAAAAUUAAGAAUCUACAAGAAGUUCAACAUGUCUCAGCCACCAAGGCUCAGGCUAUCGAAAUGAAUUCCGAAUUGGUAGAAGCCAUUGCUUCGUAUAUCAGCAAUCUCUUAAACCAAGGAAUGGAUUGGUUAGAUAUUGAGAAACUCAUACAGGUUCAAAAAAGAAGAAGUCCCGUUGCUGCUUGCGUAGUACUUCCUCUUAAACUAAAAAAUAACGCGGUAAAUAUAAUGCUUCCAAACCCCAAUACACCAUUGGACGCUGUAGACGAUGAUUAUGCUCUUUCAGACGAAGAUGAGUCAGAAGCUGAAUCUUCUAAUCAGGCUAAGCAAGAAGCGUCAAAGAUUGUUGUCGAAAUAGACUUGUCUCUAGGUGCUUAUGCUAAUGCUCGCAGGCAAUAUGAGAAACGUCGAGAGGCCAUCGUCAAAGAAACUAAAACUUUGGAAGCUUCUUCAAGGGCUUUGAAAAAUACUCAAAGGAGAAUUGAUCAAGACUUGAAGCGCUCAACAAAUGCUGAGAACCAAAGAAUCCUUCCAACCAGAAAAGCCUUUUUCUUUGAAAAGUUUCAUUGGUUUUUCUCUUCUGAAGGGUAUAUGGUAAUUGGAGGACGAGACGCUCAACAGAAUGAAUUACUGUUUGCAAGAUAUUGCAAUAAAGGUGAUGUCUUUGUAUGCGCUGAUUUACCGAAAUCUUCCAUAGUAAUUGUGAAGAAUCGAAACGCAAAUGACCCUUUACCUCCGAAUACCUUGCAACAAGCAGGCUCAUUGGCGUUAGCUUCUUCAAAGGCUUGGGACUCAAAGACGGUUAUUAGCGCUUGGUGGGUUCAAAUUGAACAAGUCUCAAAAACAGGAUAUGCAGGUGAUGUUCUGCCAGCUGGAAGUUUUGCUAUUCGAGGUUCUAAAAACUAUCUACCCCCAAGUGUUCUUACUAUGGGUUAUGGUAUAUUAUGGUUGUUAGACGAACAAAGCACGGAACGUCGCUGCAAGAAACGUGCCGAAUUAGAACUGGAAGAUACGCAACAAAGAAUCUCUGAACUUAAAGUGGAUGUGGGUUUUGAAGCUGAAAUUUCUCAACCAAAGGAAGAAGCUUUUGUCCCAAGUGUAACUGAAUCAAAAGACAGUUUUGAUGAAACACCACCUGAAAGCUCCAAAUUACAAAAUGUUUUUGACCAUGAUGUUCACAUUGUGAGCGAAAAACGAGGUAAAAGAGGUUCCAAACCGAUAACGGCUAAAAAACCCUCCGCAAAAGAGAGAAGAGAAGCUCGUAAGAAAAGACGAGAAACUGCAUUGGAAGAAUCAUCUAAGAAACCAGUUUCCAUUGAAGAUGCGUCAGAUCCUCAAGCAAUUCUGGCUAUCCUAAAACAAAAGAAAAAGAAGAAAUCAACGGAGACACCAUCAACACCUGAAGCUGAGAAGCCAGAAGUCCAAAGAGAAGAAAGUGAAUCAAACCCUGAGGAUGCUGACAAAAAUUCAGAGAAUACGUCUAAAGAGGUAAAAGAGACUACUCAUGAUAAGGAUGAUCAAGCGACAUUGAAGCCUCAAAGAUCAGAGAAAAAGCAUAAGCAAGCAAAAUUAGAACGUGAAGAUAUGUCUCAAGAGUUGUACGAAGAAAUGUUAUAUGCUCGAGAUGCUUUAACACCAACCCCAGAUGCUACAGAUACUAUUGUCAAUGCAGUACCAACAUUUGCCCCUUAUAGUGCGAUGGCCAAGUUCAACCUGAAAGUCAAAGUAACGCCGGGAUCUGCGAAAGUUGGUAAAUCUGCCCGAGAAUCGAUUGCAUACUUCACAAAAGCCCUUGGGAAACCUUCUUCCAAUGAAGUAAAGAUUUUGGAAAAUUUGAAAGAUGGAGAAAUUGUUGCACCAUUUAGUGUUAAUAGAUUACGGGUGGUUUUUGGAUCUGGCUUGAAUUCAAAAAAAUCCAAGAAAUAAAUGUUACGGCUUAAUUAGUGAGUUUAGUUUCUUUAUAAUGACGAUAUAAUAAAAGUAAAAAUUUUGGUUUAUAAUACGAA